CAGCCAGGCAAAAAAGUAAAUUAACCUCCAGUAGAGACUGGAAGUGGAGUUGUGGCUCCAAGUAUUAGAGCAGCUAAUCUUGAGCAAAAAAGCUCAGAGACAGUGCCCAGGACCUGAAUUCAAGCCCUAGGACUGGCACAGAAAAAAAAAGAUGGACAGAAGGAAUCGUAAUUGGUCUAAUUUGGUUGAUCUAAAUUGCAUUUCUAGUUGAGUUACAAUACACAUGUUGUUCUCAUUUGAAACAGGAUGUCUCGGGCUGUUCAUCUUCCAGUCCCUUGUCCUGUUCAGCUUGGCACCUUCAGAAAUGACUCUUUGGAAGCGCAGCUUCAUGAAUAUAUCAAACAAGGAAAUUAUGUGAAAGUGAAGAAAAUUCUUAAGAAAGGACCUCAUAUUGAUACAGUUAAUUCCUUGGGCCAAACAGCACUUUUUGUUGCAGCAUUAUUGGGCCUUAAGAAAUUAGUUGAUAUGCUAGUGGAUCAUGGAUCAGAUCCAAAUCACCGCUGCUUUGAUGGAAGCACCCCUGUUCAUGCAGCAGCAUUUUCAGGGAACCAGUGGAUCCUCAGCAAACUGCUGGAUGCAGGGGGUGACCUGCGCCUUCACGAUGAGAAGGGUCGAGAUGUGCUGACCUGGGCCUUGGCAGCAGGAAAGGAUCGCAGCACCCCGAUGGUGGAGUUCAUGCAGCGCUGUACCUCCCACAUGCAGGCCAUUAUCCAGGGUUUCUCUUAUGACCUCCUGAAGAAGGUAGACUCCUCUCAGCGGCUCAUCUGUAGCCCACCUUGGUUUGGGGGCCUCAUACAGGGAAGCCCUAAUAGUUCCCCCAAACGACUUCUUAAACCUGGAGUUAUUUCUGCUCAAAAUAUCUACAGUUUUGGCUUUGGGAAGUUUUGUCACACAGGGGGGACACAGCUGGCUUACCUAGGAUCUCUUCCAAUAAUUGGAGAAAAAGAAGUGAUUCAAGCCGACGAUGAGCCCACCUUCUCUUUCUUCAGUGGCCCCUACAUGGUGAUGACCAACCUGAUAUGGAAUGGGAACAGAGUCACAGUAAAGGAGUUAAAUCUCACUCACUCUCACUGCAGCAGGCUGAGGCUGGCAGACUUGCUGAUUGCUGAGCAACAACAAAGCAGCAAGCUGAGACACCCUCAUUUAUUACAGCUGAUGGCUGUAUGCUUGUCCCAGGACCUGGAGAAGAUCCGCCUUGUAUAUGAGCGUGUCACCAUUGGCACACUGUUCAGUGUCCUACAUGAACGAAGGUCCCAGUUCCCAGUACUGCACAUGGAAGUGAUUGUGCACUUACUGCUCCAGAUUUCAGAGGCCCUGAGAUAUUUACAUUCCUGGGGCUUUGUCCACCGCUCUCUUAGCUCCUACGCCAUCCACGUAGUCUCCACAGGGGAAGCAAGGCUAACCAACCUGGAGUACAUGAUGGAAAGACAGAACAAUGGUGUGCUUAAGGACCUGACUCGAGUACCCCUUCCAACCCAGCUCUACAAUUGGGCUGCACCGGAAGUGAUCUUACAAAAGACAGCCACCAUCAAGUCUGAUAUCUACAGCUAUUCCAUGAUCAUACAAGAAAUUUUAACAGACAGCAUACCCUGGGAUGGCUUAGACGGCUCAACUAUUAAAGAAGCCAUAGUCUCGGGAAAUUAUUUAAAAGCUGACGUCAGGCUUCCAAAACCUUAUUAUGAUAUUGUUAAGUCAGGCAUCCAAGUCAAGCAGAAAGACCGGACUAUGAACCUUCAGGACAUCCGGUAUAUUCUGAAGAACGACUUAAAGGAGUUCAUUGGAGCCCAGAGGACUCCGCCAACUAAGAGUCCCAGGAUACAGAGAUAUGAACCCCAGCUUAAAGUCAACGAAUAUCUAGGACUAACUUCAGAACAUCAAAAAGAGGCCCCAGUCUUUGAAAUCAAGGAGCUAAAGGAGACAGGCAGACAGAGCCAUUCACCAAAGGAGUACUCUUCUCCCGCCGAGAAAAGAACACUAGCUCCUCAGUCUCCAGAUCCAAGUUUGGUAGCCCAAGAGCUUCCUCCUCCGCCUCCUCCUCCUCCUCCUCCACUUGUGCCCAAAGAGGCAAGGAGCCUCAGUGCAAGUCAAGAAAGUCUCUUCAGCUUCGAAAUCAAUGAAAUCUACUCAGGCUGUUUGAACUUGGGAGUUUACAAAGAGGAUGAGCACCCAGAAAUGGCUUCCUCUCUUGAGGAGAGAAGACCAAACCAGCCAGAUGAGUUACAGUCUCUGGAAGAAGAGUUGGAUAAGAUGGAGAAAGAACUGAAUACUUCUUGUGAUGAAGAUGACUACUUUUCAGACAUUGACACAGGCCUCUCCUUUGGGGACUGGGACUGGCAAAAUGAUGAUUCGUUUGGUUCACUCAACCAGUCUCAGCCAAUCAGAAAGGACAAGGGCAAAGUGAAUAGCAGGUCUAUGACUGAGGAUUAUAUCAGUAAAUGUGUGCUGAAUCUCACGAUAUCACAGACAUUGAUGCACCAGAAUGCUGAUAUGCUGAAGAAUAUCGAGCAGAAACUGGAUAAGCUUAAGUCGACAGUGAAGGAGCAGGAGUGUAGGUCUCUGUGGGAAACCUCAAAAAGAUUUGCAGAUGCCUACAAUUUCCCUCCAGCUGUGGGCCCUCCAUCUUUGAAUUAUAUUCCUCCUGUCAUGCAGCUGUUAUGGGGGCAGCAGUCAGAUGCCAGCAGCAAUUGCCCAACCCUAGCAACUUCUCUAAGAACAAUGAAAGACUUUCAAGGGGGCCAUCUUGGCAAAAGGCCAAAGAAAGGAAGUGGUUAUCACUGGAAACCUUUUGCCCAAGUCACUGAAGAAAACACUGGUGACCAGGCAGAGGCAGACUAUCAGCUGCCAACUCUGUGUAGCCCUGGAAAACAGAGCACGGGUGAACAACUUCAACAUGCUCAAGGAAGUAAGAACACUUUGGAAAGAAGCAGGAACCAAAAUAGUAGCCAAGAAAGGUCUAUGGAGUCCAGUACCAGAGCCAAAGUCACACAGCCCAAUAGUGAACUUUUCCCAAUGUCAAGUCAUGCACUCAGACCUCCUGGGUCAUCUAGCCCUGGCCAGGGCUCUUCCAGGAUUAAUGUGGAAUAUUUGUCCUCUGAAAUAUUCAAUGCAAAGUCAAGAAACAAUGAAGAUGAUGAAGUACACUUGAAAUGGAAAAUGGAGGUGAAAGAAAUGGCAGAAAAAGCAGCUGCAGGGCAGCUUCCAUUACUUCCUUGGCAUCCGCAGAGUAGUUUGACUUUAAAGAAUAAGUCUGAAAAUGAGCCUGAUUACCUGCUACGGCACCCUGUUAGUGGUGUUGAAAAUGAGGAUUGGCAGCAAAUUGUAGAGUAUCACAGCAAGAAUGAACCAGAAAGAAAUGUCAAGUUUAGCAAAAUAGACAACAGCGACUAUGACAGAGACAAGCGCGUCAGACAGUAUGGACCUCAAAGUUUCACCAAUAUCAGGCGCCCAUCUUCCAGAAAAUAUGAGCAGCUAGAACAUAGUGGAGCCUUUCAAGCAAGUUUCAGUACAUCUGUGGCCAUUGAGAAAUCUUCCAGUAAUCAAUCUGUGCAAUCAACUUGUUCGGCAGAAUCUUCUGAGGACCUAACAGAUGAGUUUUUAACUCCAGACCAUGAAUAUUUUUAUUCCUCUGCUGCUCAAGAAAAUUUAUUUUUACAGACUUCAAGUCCCAUAGAAGAUGACUUUGAAGGAAUACAAGGUACAUUUGCUCAACCUCAAGGCUAUGGCGAGGAAAAUGUAAAAAUUAAAAAAAUGGUUGCAAAGAACUCAGAGAUUUUUACUGGGUCUCAAUUCCAACCUAUACAAAGUACUAGAAGUGAACAAGAGACCUUAAAGGACCCACCAAAGGAACUGAAAGGGAAAGACAUAUCACUGACAGACAUUCAAGACCUGUCCAGCAUUUCCCGUGAACAGGAUGGCUCUUUCAAGGAAGCCUCAUGUAAAACACCCAAACUAAACCAUGGGCCUACUAGUGUGAGCACUCCACUCAGCCCAGAGUCAGUGUCUUCAGCUGCCAGUCGUUAUAAAGACUGCCUUGAAAUUAUCCCAUUUCAGGUUAAAACAGAGUCUACGUCUUUCUGUGCUAGUCAAGAAUCUGUUAGAACUUUGUCUGAUAAAUUUGUAACUGUGCGAGAGAGAGCAAAGUGCCUAGAUUCCCUUUUCACUUCUUCUGAAACUUAUUACCCUGCAAGACUGACUGAUCUGAAAAGAUUGUCUGCAUGUACUGUGGCUAACUCCUCUAGCAUGACUACAAUAACUGGCACAUCAACCCAUGCUACCCAGAGAAGAAGCCUCCCCAAAGAACUAGUGGAAGCCAUCUCACAGCAUCACAUUGAUGAGCUACCACCACCAUCUCAGGAGCUACUUGAUGAGAUUGAGCAACUGAAGCAGCAGCAGGCCUCAGCCACAGUGUCACAUGUGAACACAGCAUGUGAUCCAAGGGUCACUGAAAAUGAUCAAAAGCAUUUGGAGGAACAAGAAGCUGUCAGUAAUAAAGAAGAUAGCAGUUUGCUUUGGACCAAAGAAAAUCAGGACCUAGAAGAGGACACAGAGAGAGCUCACUCUACUCUCGACGAGGAGCUGGAAAGAUGGCUGCAGCCCCCCAAGGAGAGCACGGAGCUACAGGACCCGACUAAGGGCUCUACAAGGGAGACAGAAAACAAGGAUCAAGAAGCUGAUGAAAGGAAGAGAAAAUGGAAAGAGAACAUUAAUCCAGAAAGAAGGAAGUCAGAGAGCUUUUUAGGGACUUCUGAAGAUGAUGAACUAAAACCCUGUUUUUGGAAGCGACUAGGUUGGUCUGAACCAUCCAGGAUAAUCGUGUUGGAUCAGAGUGACUUGUCAGACUGAAUGGAACUGGACCAUAUUUGGAUCCA